AUGAUGGGGAAGGGGUAUGAGGAAAAGAUGGAGCAGAGUGCUGGUGGUGUUGCAGGUGCGACAGAAGGGGCAGCCAAGACUCAAGACGUGCCUCCGACUUUGGUAUGGGAACACGAGGGCUCGUCGCAACAACAGCACUUACCGGAAAACGAAUAUGAAAUAUUACCCGCUGGAUCGGUGUCUAAUUUCUCCCGGAUGUCAGCACAGGAACAGGACCAGGGCCAGACGAUGGCAACGACUACUAGUGUACACCGUCAGAUGACGGAUCCUCUAGUCAAUGAUCUCGAUCGCAACUCGCGGUAUUAUCUCUACCACUUCGCGACACAGCUGUGCGAAGUCAUGGUCGUAUACGAUGAGCCUGGACAGAACCCCAUCCGCGACCUCAUUCCUGCUACAUCUGCUUAUCCGCUGCUGUUGCAGAUCAUUGUCGCAAACUCGGCGUUCCAUGUCUUCAACAUAACACGCAAUCCAAUGGGUCAGUCAGCCUACCAAGGCGAGCGGAGUCCAACUGUAAUGGCUUACUAUCAAGCGGUGAGCCGGUUUGGUGGCCCACUGAAGUCGUCUUACAGAGACGCACUCGUGGCAAAGCAGCAAGCGCUCUCCUUACUUGCGAAGAGUGUGACGUCCGUGAACACUUCGAACAUAGACCUCAUACUGAUCACCAUCCUGCUCUUUGUCAACUAUGCUCUGGUGGAGUCGGGCAGAGAUAAGUGGAAGGUGCACAUGGACGGUGCGCUAAAGCUCAUCAAGCUCCUGGGCGAGCCGCCAUACCUACAGCGACCGAUGAGUAGACUUCGUCAGACAAUACUUUCAGACUUCCUUGUAUUUUACAUCCUGGGUUCAACAUUCAGCUUCACGACACUGCCCGCAUUGAUACCAGAGACCAUCGAGUUGGACCCCAUCCUUCGAUAUGCGGAAACGAAUAACUAUCUCUCCUGUCCUGGACCACUGUUACGUGUAAUGCUCGAGUCCUUCGCGUUGCCCGAUACGCACGGAUCGCCCUCCGGAACCAGUACGCCCAUAUACCUUCAAGAACAGGUACGCGUACUAUUACAGCGCGCUCUCGACUUCGACCCCAUCGCAUGGUCUUUCGACUUUGAGCGCGCCUCGCCAUUUGACGACAUCCAAAAGCGAAUCCGAAUAGCUUCCGCACAUCGUUCGGCAGUCUGCAUCUACCUCGCACGCGUACUCCCUUCCACGAACCCUCUUCUCGAUCCAGCAAGUGGUGAAGCACUCGUCAGUCUCACCGCUCUUGCUGACGAUGUCGUCCAGCAUAUAUCACAUCUCAAGCCGGGAGAUGCCCUCUUCAAAUCGAUCUGCUGGCCGUUGUUCCUCGCUGGUGCAGAGUCAGAGGAUCCUACUCAACGCGAGUGGAUCAUGAACACGCUGGAUGAGCUUUAUGGACAGAUGUUCUGGGGGUAUCUACACACGUCUAAGCGCGUGUUGGAAGCUAUUUGGCGUUUCAAAGACUCGGCUGGAUCUGGUGGGGGCAACUGUUGGGUGGAAGAAGUCAAAGAUCUCGGCAACGAUAUUCUAAUUGCUUGA